AUGCUACCGGAAAACGUUGCAGAUCUUAUCUCCAAGAAAUACGAAGAAGCUGUGAAUAAUGGACAUCUUUGCUUCACGGAAUCCACGACCAAAAAGUUAAAGGAUGCGAACAGCGGGAUGAAUUACGUCGUCAGCUACGCUCCAAGUCUGGCUUCGAAGCCAGAGCGUGGUGACCAGCCAGAUAAAAACCCAUUCGCAGAGCCUGAGCCUGAGUUGACCGUGGUCGAAAACGUCGCUGAUGGCGAGUACAAACUGUUGUUGAACAAGUUCCCCAUUGUUCCUGAGCAUACUUUGCUAGUCACGAACACGUUCAAGGACCAGAAGUCGCCAUUGAGUCCUCUUGACCUGAUGACAGCGUACAAUCUGCUGUUGAAGCUGGACGACGAAGACGAGAACAAGAGACACAUGAUGAUCUACAAUUCCGGUCCUUCCAGCGGCUCCUCACAGGACCACAAACACUUGCAGACCUUGAGACUACCUCAAAACUUCGUCACCCUGCAAGAUAGGAUCUGUGCUGGUAAGAGUCACUUCUUGCCAGACUUCAAGACUGAGCCUUUGCAGGACGACAAGGUCUCGUUCGCCCAUUUCGUUCUGCCUUUGCCGGAGUCCGAGGAGGAUGUCAACGAAGACCUGCUGGCCAUGUGCUACGUUUCUUUGGUUCAGAGGGCAUUCACAUUCUUCCAGGACUGGGCCGGAGAGAAGCCAGAGCUGGCCAACAGCAGAGGCUACAACGUCCUCAUGACCAAAAACUGGAUUUGCGUCGUCCCACGGUCCAGCACAAGGGCUAAGUCCUUGCAGAUCGGUUUCAACGCCACCGGAUAUGCCGGUUUGAUCCUCGUCAAGACACAGGAAGCCUACGACCAAAUCCUGCAACUACCACACAAGAUCGACGAAGCCCUGCUCGAAUGUGGGUUUCCCAACUCCGCGGGCAAGAAGCAGACAGAGUACAAUUACUAG